UGUAAUUUCCAUAAUCGUGGGCGAUGCUGCUGCUGUGACUAUAAAAGCCACAAGCCCCGGCAAUGCCAGCAAUUAGUACACAUUGCGAAACAGCCACGAGAUGUUCAUAAAGCUCUUGCUGCUUGGCCAGCUUCUGGCCCUCUGCUGUGCGCAGUUGAGUCUCGACGAGGCAAAGGCAGCCAUCGAUGCCUCUGUCUACAGCGAUGAGCAGACACUGGACGAUGUUCAUCCGGAGUCGUCUCAGCAGUACGUUGACCAACCCAAGGCUUCGCCUCACUAUGAGCCACAUCAUCCCCCACAGCAUGAACCAAAGCUGGAGACGACUACGACGACAGCCCCCACAGUGCCCGAGACGACAACGCUGCCGCAACUCAUGACGGAGAACGAAGCCACUGCCGCACCCGAGGAGGGACUGCAGCAGCUGGACGAUGGUUUGGGUGAACAGAAUGAUGCCUCCGCCGUUGCCGUGUCCACAACGACGCCAGAACCGGAGCCAGAAACGACAAUUCCAACAACAACAACGCCAAAAUUGACGACAGCAAAACAUGAGCCACGUCCUCAUCCGUAUCCCCAUCCGUAUCCUUAUCCGCAUCAUCCCCAGUCGUAUCCUUAUGCCCAUGGCUAUCCUGGCCUUGUAUUUGGGCCUCGACCAGUGCACAAGGAUUCGGCGCCCAAGGAAGGCGACAAGCAGACAGCAGAGGAGCCCACAGCUGCCCAUCCCGCAUAUCCUUCGUAUCCCGGGUAUCCGCCCUUCCGGCCAGCCUACGCGCCCUACCAGCCACCCACAUUCCAUCGCCCAGGACCUUAUCCGAGCUUCGGGCCUGGACCGAGCUUUGGACCCGCUCCAGGCUACGGCUUCCGCCACGAACAUCCUCACAAGGAUGACAACGAGGACUCCUCCGACGAGAAGGAUUCCAUUGGCAAGGACAAGGACAAGUCCGAUGAGGAGGCAGAAGAUGUGGCACUUAGGCCCCCGGGCUAUGGGGGCUAUCCACAGCUGUACAUUGUGCCACGUCGUCCCGUGGUCUACCCCAGUCCGGGUCGUGGCUAUGGCUCCCCCUAUGGCGGUUAUGGACGAUUCUAAGGCGGCGCCUCACUCCUAUUCCCAUUCCCAUCACCUGCCCUCUCUCAGAACUAGAAUAUACUCGAAUAAACACUCGUAAUUACGUAUUUUGUACGCUCUAAAA